UUCAUACAACUUUGAUACAAACUCCAUCACUUAAUUGGCGUAAUUAAAACUGGCUGAAAAACUAACUCUGCACUAAACAUGUCGGAUAGGAAGCGCGUAUGUAUUAUCGGCGCCGGUCCGUGCGGCAUGGCGGCACUUCGCAACUUCUCUCAGUCGGCGCUCGACGUUCGACCGGAAGUGGUAUGUUACGAGAAGCAGAAUACCUGGGGUGGCCUCUGGAACUUCACGUGGCUCACGGGGACAGACGAGUACGGUGAGCCGUGUCACGGGGGUCAAUACAAGCACCUGUGGUCCAACGGCCCAAAGGAGUGUCUCGAGUUUCCAGACUACACGUUUGAUGACCACUUCCGGUGUCCCAUACCCUCCUUUCCGCCAAGAGCCGUCCUUAGGGAAUAUCUAGAGGGCCGAUGGACGAACGGAGACGAUGAUCUUCGCAAAUAUAUCAAAUUCAACACUGUUGUCCGUAAUGUUGUUUAUAACGAUGCAAGUCAAAACUUCACUGUCGUCUCAACUGACCUUAAAGCCGGUGUAUCAAGCACAGAAGUGUUCAGUCACGUUAUUGUGGCAGUCGGCAUAUUCAACGUUCCAAACAAGCCACACUUUGAUGGCAUAGACACAUUUGAAGGCCGCAUAAUGCAUUCCCAUGACUUCCGAGACGCUAAAGAGUUCAAAGGUCAGCGUGUGUUGGUCGUCGGCGCGAGCUAUUCCGCUGAAGAUCUGGCCAUGCAGUGUCUUAAGUUUGGCGCCAAAAGUGCCAUUUGCACGUGGCGCACGAAACCAAUGGGCUUCAAGUGGCCAAAAGGAAUAGAGGAGCGCCCACUCUUGUUGCGACUGGAUAGCAAUACGGCGUACUUCAAGGACGGUUCCAGCGCGAAGGUUGAUGCCAUUCUCUUGUGUACCGGAUACCGGUAUGCAUUUCCAUUUCUGGAGGACCGGCUGCGCCUGCAGUCUGGCUUGACCAUGUACCCGGACGACCUGUACAAGGCGACCUUAUGGCUGAGAAGCGGUGGAGGCCGUCUGUUCUAUAUGGGCCUUCAGGAUCAGUACUUCUCAUACACCAUGUUUGAAACCGAGGCUAUUUGGACAUGCAGGUACAUUAUGGGCACCAUACCAGGCGAACCAAAGAGCCAGGCGGAGAUGCGCGCAGACGCGGAAAACUGGGUUGCGAGACGUAAAGAACUGAAAGGACCGCACGACGAUAUCGACUUCCAGGCUGACUUUAUCGCGGACUUGAGCGCCGCGGUGGGGUACAAACCGGAAGCGAAGAAAGUGGCAGACAUGUUCCACAAGUGGGAGCAUGAUAAGGACGCGGAUAUUGUGAGCUACAGAGACCAGAGCUUCCAGUCUGUGUUUACGGGGACGGUAGCUCCGACCCUAAAAUCCACCUGGUGGAGGGCCUUCGACGACAGCAAAGAGGCUUUUGUGAAAAACAGUGAAUAG